GCCGCUGUCUGCUGUUAAACGUACGUUGAUACCCAAGCCAAGAACUUCGCUUUCUUGUCCUGGAACACUCUGCCAGCCUGCACUGAUGGAAAACUGAAUAUUAAUAUAUUAUGGCAAUUAAAGAUUAAUGUUCAGUUGCGCACAUUUGUCAGGUAGGCUCCCGUUAAAUAUUACUUUCGCUCGCUAGGUCGGUGUUUGUCCAUAAAUUUUCGCGCGUACGGCCACGCCACGCACAGGCAGUUGAUAUACGCACUCAUUAGCCUCGCGUACACUUUCCUCGGCCUCGGUGACAAAAAACGCCACUUUCAUUCACCGGUGGUCAUGACGACAGAGCAUGAGAAAAAUAAUUUAGCCGGCAAAAAAAAAAAAAAAAAAGAAAAGAAAAAUGUCGCGCCACUAGUCAUCGUAUGCUCACCACCGAGACACCGACAGUGACAUUUUCUAGCACUCCGAGGGUGAUUUGUCUUGGCUCAUUGCAAAAGCGACGCCGACUUCGCAGCAGGCGCGAUGUGCCCGGCCGACUUGGCUCGAGUCGUUCGUUGGAGUGCGUUCUUCUAAUUGGCCUAAUUUGUGACUCCCAGUAGCGCACAGAACAAAACAAACGUGGCAGAAAAGAAACAGACGGGAAAGAGACCACGGCCUGGCAAAACGGCAACGAAAGAACAGCCAUAAAGAAGUCAUGAAACGAACUUCGUAUUAAACAUGCAGGGCGGACAUGGAACGAUAUGGAGAGUGAGAGAGCAACGGAAAAAACAAGAGUGGAAAGAGGGGGGGGGGCAGAGCUGACGUCACAUGACGUCACGCGGGGCGUUGCGCUCCCUCGCUCCCCCGAGCGGCCGACUCGAGAAGCUGCCCUCCUUGGCACUCGCGCGCGCUUUUGAGAGCGUUUUCUCGCGCUGGCGGGCGCCGCUGCCCGAUACGAAAAAAACAAAAAAAGUUGCCCCCCUCUUCGGUCCGCUCCCGGCAAAACCGCGAACGCUGUUCCGAGUUCGGGAGCCACACAACACGGCGCAUCCCCGCGCGUGCAGGCUGCCGUGUGGUGCGUGGUUGUGCGCGGCGCGCUUGUUUCAGCCGCGCUGUGUUGUUAAGUUUGUGGGUGACUGCUUUCAGUCGUUCUUGCGGUGAAUGGUGGCCGUCGAAUGUUGUAGCUGACCCCCCCGCCGGGAACUUUGUUGGCUGGACACCUACCUUCCCGUUGUUGUUGGCGUCUUGCGUUACCUGCUUUUCUGUUUUUUUUCCCCCUUUUUUUUUCGGUGGUGGAGAAAGACUACUUCGCUAGCGCGUGAGCUUACCUUCUCAUGGUUCGUCGCUGGCACUGCGUCGUCUGCAUCACCAGACGAGGAUUCGAUGCGCACCCCUGGCGACCGUCAGCUGCUGCGCCGGCCGUAUCACCGUGACGUCACCGUGGCGCCCGCCCACUUCCGCUGCCGGCUAUCGCCACCACUUCCGGUCCGUCUACGGGCUUCCUGGACGCCCACGCGCUCUUCUUUAGGGCCAUGCGGAAGGUACCGGCUACGACGGCCAUCUUGCUAGCAACCCUGGGCAUAACAAUCACGGAGCCCCGGUGGUGGGGUGCGAACGCGUCGUCGUCGUCGUCGUCGUCGUCGUCCAUUCCUGUGGUCCACCAUCACCCGAGCCGCGGGUCCGACGACCACUGCCGGCAGCCGGGUCCGCUGGGACUGCUGGCGGGCCGCCUCCAGGAGUGGCAGCUCAGCGCCAGCUCUACGCGCCAGCCCGAAUGCCAGCUGCGUUACGCCCGCGUGCUGGAGCUGGCCUCGCGCGGGGCCUGGUGUCCCGCCAAGGAUGCCGACACCGAGUGGAUACAGGUGGACCUGGGCGCCGACGCGAAGAUCACGGGCCUGCUGACCCAGGGUCGCGGCGACGGUCGUGAGUGGGUAUCGUCGUUCGCCGUGUCCUACAGCAUGGACGCCUACCACUGGAAACACUGCCUCGACGCCCACGGGAACAAAAAGGCGUUUCUGGGCAACACCGACUCUCACAGCCUGAAGCUCAGCUACCUUGAUCCUCCGGUGCACGCCCGCUUCCUUCGACUGCACGUGCUGCGCUGGUACGGCCGGCCCAGCCUGCGCUUCGAACCACUCGGAUGCCAGGAGUGCAACGAGGUCAUCUCUGUUCCGCCCGUGGCUCGACUGACGGCGUCCAGCUGGCGUCCCUGGCACCCGCAACAGGGAUCGUGCAGCCCGGACGAGGCGCAGCUCUUCGCCAGGGGUGGUUGGUGCGCACUCAGGAACAACGGCAACCAGUGGCUUCAGGUGGACCUGGGGCCAGCGACCCGAGUGACCGGUGUGGCCACCAGGGGCCGCGGCGAUGCCCGGCGCAAGCACUGGACCACGGCGUACCUGCUCUCCUACUCCAACGACAGCCUCCGGUGGCACCACUACAAGGACGACAACCACCUGGAUCCCAAGGUGUUCGGGGGCAACAUGGACCGCGACACCGAGCGACGUCACUACCUGAACCAGCCGUUCGUGGCGCGCUUCGUUCGCUUCCAGCCAACCUCGUGGAAGAGGAGGAUCGCGCUGAGGGCCGCCGUUAUCGGGUGCCCGCACAGGGGAGACUGCGGUCCUGGAUUCCUGAGGGUUCGUGAGGACUCUGAAUGCACUGAGAACCUGGCGUACCGUCGCGAGACGUGGGUGAACGACCGUCGGUACGCGUUCGCCCAGUGGACCGACGGCCACUCGUCGUUCGCUGUGGACGGCGACGCGAGCACUUCGCAGCCGCCACGAAGCUGCGCCAUCCUGGACAACUACUUCGUCGACCAGCCCGUGUGGAUGGUCGACCUGGCCAAGAGGCAGCGGGUGCGCGGGCUGGUGGUGCUCACCUGGCAGGCCAGGCACCAGCACGAGCGCAGCAAGCUUCACCACGAGAUGUCCAACCUGGACAAGCUGACGGCGUACGUGGUGGACCGGCCGCGACUGGAGGAGAUCCCCAACGCCUACAAGUGCGCCUCGGUGUCUCGCUUGCACGGGGCGCUGUCUCGCCGCCGGCUGCACUUCGAGUGCCCCGACGACAUGCAGGGCCGCUACGUCUACCUCAAGGCCAGCGGCGUGCCCAACCGCAAGGGCCGUCUCUACGCCGCAGUCCUCUGCGAGGUCAUGGCCUACUGACCACGCGUCGCCUCGGGACAGUCCCCGCCGUAUAGAGUUGCCCAAGUUGCGUGCAGUGUGAUCAAGCUCACGGCUACGACCUCCCGCCCAUGGGCAGUCGGUCCUCACGUCAGAGCGUCAACCUUGCACCACCGAGUGUGGUGUUUGCUGAACAGAUCUGCAAUCAGAGCUGGCAUCAUGCUUAAAGAAAGUCGUUGAUGUCGCGAAAGCAUUCUGUAACCAAGCAAUCGAAGCUGUGUUCAUUUUCUCUUCACCGACGUGCGACUAUUUCUUUCUUUCUUUUUUGCUCUUUCUUUCUUUCUUCAAUAGCAUUUAGGUCUUUCAGGAAUGUAGCCGUAUGCUGUUAAAUACUGUCUUUCCUGCGUUUGUGUGCAAGUUUUGUCUGUUUCAUCUCACCAUUGUGAAGUGCGUUUUAUGUGGAACAUUUCGUAAUCGUGCAAACGAAUUUUAGAUAUGUCAUUAAGCAGUCUCGAUAAAUAUAGGAGAUGCUGGUUAGAUAUCCCUAACGGGAUAAUCUGAAAGCACUGCGACAAUUUCACGCAUUCUUUAUGCAAUCCUUGUGGAAAUGAUAGGGAAUGGACACGCGGAAUUGUUGCUGAUUAAUAAUGGCGCCGGUAACACAUUAUAUGCGCAUAAAAAAAUUUGAGAAUUCUCGCGGAAACAUUUCCGUGAGCUUGUACUCGGAAAGUCCUGCGGUCACCAAGGCAGCUUUCGCCUGCGCCUGGCCCUAAAGAAUCGGUAGAUUUACCGAUGAAAUCUGUCAAGCACCAUUUUUGUUAAAUGAAGGAAAACCGCAAGGAUACAUGAAUUUAAUCCAUACUGUUUCUGUGCUUUGUCUACAUAAGUUUGUACUGGAACAUGCCUUGGCUAUGUUUUGACAGUCUUGCCGGAAAGAAAUGAAGUUUUGUGGAAGUUCGGGGUACUUCGCAGUUCAAGUCGGUUUGCUGUGUUGCAGCCGACCACCUCUGAAAACGAGCACAAAUCAAACAAACUCAAUCUUAUCGUCUGUGUUGUUUGUUGUUGCGUAUACCUUCAUUUAAUGUUUUCAAGCGCGUUUCAUGUGCUCGUACGCUGUAAUGUAGUUACAGACGUGUAUGUAUGACCGUCUUGCUCUCUAACUUACUGCUCCAUGACCGUGACACUUGUUGAUCGCCACAUUCGCAUGUAGGCAUUGUUGAAAGGACUUGCAUUUCUCUACACGCUGUUAAGGUGUCUGCACUUCCCCUAAUGUCAUUCGACUUCUCCCAAGUCUGUGUUGGCGCCAUAGAGACGACACUCUCUCCACAGUACCGUUAUCGUAGUCGUUACACUGCAAUAAGAACCCUGUUAAAGCGAAGAAACGUGUGUGUUGGAACAUCCGUACCUAGUAAUCACAUAUGAUCACAUAUGUUUAUAUAUAUAAAAAAAAAAACCUAUGAACACACAUAAUGAUAUGGGACUACUUAAUAUUGAUGUUAUAGGCCAUAUCUCGAAUCUUUUUUAAUGGGUGCAGACGUCGUAUUUUCGUUUCUCUUGUUGUAAAGAUAAUGACAUAUCACAAUGCAUCCAUAACCAUGGUUCUGUUGCUGCCUGCGGCGUAUAUUUGCAUUUACUAACCUCAAAGGGGGGGGGGGGGGGGGGGUUGAUUAAGUCAGGUAAGCAAUGACGCAGCUAGCACGAGUCUGAUUAACAAGAUCCCCAAGCAGAUGAACCUUCGCUUGAUAUAGUAUAUUCUUGAUCAGCGACCAGUGACUUGCCGUUACCUAAGCCUGCAGUGUUAUGUACAAACACGUUGAACGAUGUAUUACUGCCACUUGAAAUGCUAUUAAAACACCCUAUAGCCAGUUGAAAGAAAACGUGA